AUCCUCUUUCGAAUCAGUGAAGUGAUUCAACUCGUCUCGAAUCAAAUUUCUUCUUUGCACUUAUUAAUUCUUCCAAAAACAAACUCAUCAAAGAUGAAACUGAUCAUCGCUUUCUCCGCUCUUUUGGCUGUUGCCCUCGCUCGUCCGCAACAUCAGGAGGAUGUGGUAGUCGUGAAGGAGACACCGUCCGACAAUAUCGGUGUUGGUGGCUACAACUAUGGCUACGAACUCUCGAACGGUCAACACCAUGAGGAAUCAGCCGAAUUAACGAAUGCUGGCACUGAAAACGAGGCUCUUGCCGUUAGGGGUAGCUUCGGUUGGGUCGACCCGGUUACCAAUCAACGAUACACCGUCAGCUACGUUGCCGAUGAGAAUGGUUUCCAUCCAGUGGGUGAACAUCUUCCAUCGGCCUGAUUUCUUUAUUAUAAAAGGACAAAUAUUAGUUUAUUAAUAAAAUUAUUUUAUAACCAAA